CCUCCCCGCUCCCUCCCGCUGCUGCUGGUUGGCUACAUUGUAUCAGUUCCCACACGAAGAACCACCGCGGCACUCAUCCAGAAACGGUGAAUACGGGGGGAAUUAACCUGGAUGGGAAGCUCUCCGCUGUGGGAUUAAUCGCCAGAAGGUCGCGGGAGAGGACUGGACUUGUGUCGGGCUCGAGGCGGCGCCGAUAAAAUGCCCUCCGGACUCGGGGUGUUUUCGAUGAGGACGGUAUCUCGAAGUGUGAUGGCAGAAGUCCAGUGAAUCGCUGGCCUCCCCUCCUCUCUUGUGUUGGAUGUCUUGGGGAGUGCGCUGCCACUGGUUUCUGGUGCUCCAGUCUUCCUCAGAGCUCUUAUCCUGAUUCACACUCUUGAUUUGUUGUUUUUAUGGAGUGCACACCACCAUGGACGGACCAGGGUUUGGAAUAGGAGUGGCUAGCUAAGUCGGGCACAAUGUGGUUAAAUGGGACAGGAACAAGUAAACCGUGAGGAUUCUCUAACCCCUGCCCCCGAGUCCCAACCGUCUGAGAGGGUGUCGGACCUCACUGAGGCAAUCCUGGGCCGUUGGCACUAAAAUGUCCCUAAGUGGUGGCACUGCAGGCGGGAAAGGUGUGGACUCUAAUGCGGUGGACACUUACGAUAGCGGGGAUGAGUGGGAUAUCGGUGUUGGAAAUCUGAUUAUUGACCUUGACGCGGACUUAGAGAAGGACAAACUUGAGAUGUCUGGCACCAAGGACGGCAUGGCGGCACCACCCAGUGCAGUGGCAGCGUUGCCCGACAACAUCAGGUUUGUUAGUCCAGUGUCUGGCUCUCAAGGCAAGGAAAGCAAAUCCAAAUACAAGCGCAGUAAGAACUCUAAAGACAAUAGUAGCAAAGCUUCAGCUGGAGAUGGGGGCAAAAAAGAAACUACAGGACGGACUCAAGGGGAGCCAACAGGCGCAGCAGCCGGUGCAGGCGCUGCUGGCAACAAUUCCACCUCUGGGAAGAACAUGGAAAAAGGGGGCAAAGCCUCCAGAGGUGUUCUGGGUGGUAAAAAAGAGAAAGAAGGGGCUAGUGGGAAAAGUAAGAAGGACAAAACAGAUGGAGCCCCAGUCGUGGCAAUAGCUGCUGCGGAGAAGGAUGUUGUGUCUCAAGCCCAAGUUGCUUUGGGGAAUAGUCGUAAUGCGUCCUUUGAGAACACACAAUCAACAGACUUGGCAGAAGCCAAUCAAAUGGGGAAUAUUGCACUUGAACCUGUAGGGAUAGUACCAGCAUUGACCACAAAAACUGAACCAGAGGAAGUGGAAAAUGGUAAUAGUGACUGCAAGACGUUAAAGAAGGUGAAAAAUGAAAAGAUGGAAUCUCCUGUCUCCACGCCAGCUCCUCCGCCCCUCCACCUCCUGGCCACAGUAGGCAACAGUGAGAUUUCCUCGCCGUGUGAGCAGAUAAUGGUGCGCACACGCUCGGUGGCCGUGAACACAUCCGAUGUGGCCCUGGCUACCGAACCUGAGUGCUUGGGGCCCUGCGAGCCCGGUACAAGUGUCAAUCUCGAAGGCAUUGUGUGGCAGGAAACUGAAGACGGCAUGCUGGUGGUCAAUGUUACUUGGAGAAACAAGACGUAUGUGGGCACCCUGUUGGACUGUACACGGCAUGACUGGGCUCCCCCCAGGUUUUGCGAAUCUCCCACAAGCGAUCUAGAGAUGAGGAAUGGCCGUGGUCGAGGUAAGCGAAUGAGACCGAACAGCAACACCCCUAUCAACGAGAACAGCAACUCGUCGGACAACAAGGGCACCACCAACAACAAGACGCGUGCUGCCUCUAACAGCAAGGGCCGGAGGGGCAGCCAGACGCCGUCAGAGCGCCGCACCCCACCUAACAGCAACACAGAGGACAUCAAGGCCAGUCCCUCCUCAGCUGGAAAACGCAAGACCAAACCAGCCUCGGACAUGGAACCCAAUUCCAGCUCAGAGGACACCAAAGGCAACAAACGCAUGCGGACAAACUCCAACAGUGGAGGGGUGGGACCAACAGGUCUCCCUAUUCCUUCUAUUAAGACUGAGCCACUUCCACCUCCCCUCGAUCGCAGCUGCCCCUCUCCAGUUCUUAUUGACUGUCCACACCCUAACUGCAACAAAAAGUACAAGCACAUCAACGGUCUCAAGUACCACCAAGCCCGUGCCCACAAUGAUGAUGACAUCAAGUUGGAAAUAGAUGGAGAUAGUGAAUAUGGAGAGGACUCCACUCUCCACCCUGAACCAGGGAACUGUAAUGGAGCAUCUAUCUCACAGAAGGGAUGUCUGUCUCCGGCACGUUCAGUUACUCCAAAAGGCAGGAACUUUGAUGCUCAAAGUCCUUCCCCAUCUCCAGGCAAGUUUGGUUCAAAGCAGAGUAAAAAGAAAAUUGCUGAGACAGAUGCGGAGAUGGGAGGGACACCGACAGAUGGAUGUGAAGACGGGCCAUGCCUCACUGAUGAGGCCAGUAAUGAUGGUAUAGAUGAUAAGAGAGGAUCAGACAAGUCUAAAAAGGCUGGCACAAAGGCUGAUAAAAUGGCCCAGAAAAACAUGAAGUCACCACGGCCCGUUGGCCCUGGCUCGACAGCAGCCCAGCAGAUGUAUCCUUUUCCUCCUGGAAACCCAAAUUCUUCCCCAGGGCUUACCCCAAUGAUACAAGGAAUUCCCAAGAGUCCCCAAAUGAAGGGCGCACAGCCUAAACCUCCUGUCAUUGGAGAUCCUGUCACAAGUAGCUCCAAAGACAAGAAGAAGAAAGACAAGAAGAAAAAAGAUGGCGGGAAGGAGGCUGACAGCCCCAAGCCUCCAGGAAAGGGAGGGAAACUGGAGGAAGGAAAGCUUCCAUACCCUGAACCUUCUGAUCAAGGAAAUAAGGGGGAAGGACUCCUCAAUGGUUCCUCAGAUCCUCAUCAGAGUCGCUUGGCCAGUAUCAAGGCUGAGGCUGACAAAAUUUACAGCUUUUCUGACAAUGCCCCAAGUCCAUCCAUUGGCGUAGCUAGUCGGAUAGAUGGCAGCGGGAUGCCACAGCCCCUCACGCCACUUCACGGGGUGAACCAGAACGGUGCUGACAACUCUUCAGUAAAAACCAAUAGCCCAGCAUAUUCAGACAUUUCAGAUGCUGGUGAGGAUGGUGAAGGGAAACUAGAAGGCGUCAAAGUCAGGACAGAGGACCAAGGCGUCAGGGAAAGUGUCAAAAAGGCGCUCUUUCCAAACCAGACACCCAACAAAGAUUCCCCGUACUAUCCUGGCUAUGAGACGUAUUACUCACCCAAUUAUGUGAACCCCAGUCCUGGUGGGCCCAAUCCAGGCACACCAGUCGCUGAAGGUCAGGUUAAGAUCAAAAGGGAAGAGGAGCAGGACCAAGCUGAGGAAAAAGUCAAGGUUGAGGUUCAUGAAGACCGCAAACCUGACAGCAGUGCUCCCAGCCAGCAACAGCAGCUGCAGCAACAGCAGCAGCAGCAGCAGCAACCCUCAGUCAUCCAACAACGAUCCAACAUGUACAUGCAACCUCUUUACUACAACCAGUAUGCUUAUGUGCCCCCAUAUGCAUACCAUCCUGAUCAGGCCUACCAUAACCACUUGAUGAACACCAACCCAGCCUACCGGCAACAAUAUGAGGAGCGGCAGCGACAGAUGGCAGAACAGCAUCGUGCUGAAAAGAAGUCAGACGUGGCCAUGAAAGAACGAGAAACCUCCAUGAAGGAGGAGUGGAAACAAAAAAGCCCAAUGCCACCAAGCCUCUCCAAAGCCCCAAGUCAGUCAGACCUUGGAAAGACGCCGCAGCCCCCAAGCAAAUCUAGGGACUCACCCUCUGAGCCCUCCUCCAAAUCCCUGGGAAGCAUAAAGGGGGAGGACCCAAAGUCCCAGCAAGCUGAGGGGCUAAAGAUGAAGCUGACCGAAGGGGGGCACCAUGGAAAGGAAGACUCCAAGCAAGCACUGGAGUCAAGAGGUCAGGCAGGGAUGGAGCAGGCCAUGUGGUACAGACAGCAGUACCCUGAGAGCCAGAAGCCCCAAGCAGAAGAGGAACACCAGCAACAACAACCUCGAUGGAAAGAUGAAAGGGACAGAGAACGGGAACGCGAUCGUAAAUUAAAGGAUGACAGGCCCAGACCCAAGGACAGUCAAAGUGGGCCCAAGGAGGACGGCAAAGAGGGCAGUGACCCCAGAAUCACUUCUGAGGAACACCGGGCCAUGAGCAAAGACUCUCGUUCUAAUCCCCACAUGCAAUUCUCAUCACCACUAGCACAGCACCAAGGCUACAUGCCCUACAUGCAUGGUUACCCCUAUGGACAAGGCUAUGACCCCAACCACCCUGGAUAUAGAGGCAUGCCCUCGGUCAUGAUGCAGAAUUACCCAGGUUCGUACCUUCCCGGAGGCUAUCCGUUUUCUCCGUAUGGCAGCAAAAUAGCCGGAGGUGAGGAAGGCGGCGACAAAUCUCGCGCCAGCCCUACCGUCACCAAAACGACAGCGGACUCCAAAGCCCUGGAUAUCCUGCAUCAGCACGCCAGCCAAUACAAGAGCAAAUCCCCCACAGUGGGUGACAAGCCACCCCAUGAGAGGGAGCGGGAGCAGGACAGAGGAGCCGGUGGAGACAGAGAUCGGGAAAGGGAGCGCGAGAGGGAAAGAGAAAGAGACGUGGACCGACCACGCUCCUCGCCCUCGCAGCGCAUCAUGCCCUCUCACCACCACCUGGGAUACCCCCUGCUCUCAGGGCAAUAUGACCUGUCCUACGCCACAGGUCUCUCCUCAUCAGCUAUUGUUGCCAGCCAACAAGCAGCAACCCCCUCCCUCUACCCACCACCACGGAGGUGAGAACGGGAAACCUGACCGUCACACCUCAACCCUGCAAAGAUUCAUGUGACUGGCUCACAUGAGAAGAAAAUCUCCCGGGUGUUACCUUUUAGACAUCAGUUGAAUGGUGUUUCUAUCUAUAUUUUUAGUUCCUCUGCCCCGAGGCUAGGCAGAUUGUUGUUUUUUUUGUUUUUUCUUUUGUUCUCCCCCUCGUAAAUGACCCCAAAUUUUCCAAACCUUGGACUGUAACAGGACUGAUGAUAACCCAGGUUCAAAGCCAUCACUCUGCCUCACCACGCAGAGGAAACACCAACCCGCUGAUUAUCUAGUCUUUGCACUGUCAACAAAUACAAUGCAAAAAGAGACUAUUGGACUGCCAGAACAGCUUUUUUGUUGUUGUUGUUGUUGUUUUUGGUUUUUUUCUUUCUUUGACUGCAUUGUUUUUUCGUCACACGCAGAAAGAAAUUGGCAGGGGGGUUCUGAUGAGCUGGGUGGCUGAUGGGAAAGGGGAGUCAAACUAAAUUAAGGACUGAAAAGAAAAGUGAAUCAUACUGAGAUGAUUUCAACUCUACGUCUUUGGCUUAUUGUAUGCCGCGAAACAACAGUAUAUCCUUAACUUGACAAAUGUUUGGCUAUAUUUCGUGGGGGAGAGGGAAUAUGGCAACAGCUGCUUCUUCAGAGACUUGAGAGCCUGAGACUGAAGUUUUUCAUUUUCCAUCAUCAUUGUCAAUUCCCAUCCUCUUUGAACCCUCAGUUCUUGUUUCAGGGAUGAUGUCGUCAUGUUUUUUUUUUUUUUUUU